AUGCACAACUUCAUUGCUAAAUCUCUUAAUCUUCCCUGGACCUUUUACGCGACGGAAUGCGCCACGAUCGAGGAUCUCAUAGCCCUUGCCCGCAAUGACGCGACCGUCGGCCUUGUCGUUACUAUGCCUUACAAGAACGCGGUACUCUCGAUGCUCGACGCCGUUGACGAUCUCGCCGUCACAAUCGGCGCGUGCAACAACAUCUACCGCGAUCCGAGCGACCCCACCCGCCUCCGCGGCACCAACACAGACUGGCUAGGCAUCCGGGGUUGCCUGCUUGAAACAAAAGAGUAUCCGGAGUCCGUGCUGAACCAACCCGCACUCAUUGUCGGGGCUGGUGGUGCCAGUCGCGCUGCUGUUUACGCCCUGAGCACAACGUUCAAAUCUUCCGUCAUCUAUAUCCUGAACCGCGAUGACGGCGAGGUGCAUGACCUCAUCCGCGACGCCCAGCGCAUACAACCCCCACCGAAAAUUGUCCAUGUCAAGGAGGGCGAUGACGUCUCGCAGCUCGACCCGCCCCUCUACGUCGUGGGCACAGUCCCGGACUUCGAAGCCAACACUCCCGCAGAAAUUGCGGUUCAGGCUCUGCUGGAGGGCUUCCUCUCGGUUUCGCGCAAGGGCGUGCUCCUCGACAUGUGCUUUAAGCCUCGUCUCACUCGCAUGAUCAAGCUCGCGAAUAAGCUGGGGUGGCACACGGUCGAAGGCACGCAUGUUAUCGGUCACCAGGUGAGAAUGCAGUACAAGCUUUGGGCGGGCGAGGAGAGGUCGAAGAAGAUGGAUCAGGAGGGAGCUUGGAACCUAUUGCUACAAAUGGCAGAGAGCAGCCCGGGAAUCAAUUAUUAG